AUGGCAAAGUUGCUGGCCACGUUUAAAGCCAUUCUGACAAGGAUUCUGUUUGCCGCCCACGGGUUUAUUGCUAUCUGGCAAGUGACCCAAAACAAAACCGAUCCCAUCUACUGGAGUCUGUGUGCUCCGAUCGGCGUGCUUUGCAUCGAAGGCAUCUUUACGCUGGCGAUCAAAAAGAAUCAGGAAUGGCGCUGGUUUUGUCCGUCGGUAUUUCUGUAUCUCUCCAGCAUCGUACCAGCGAUUUGGUUGUUGGAGCUGGAUAAGCUGGACAAACGAACACGCUACCAGGACCAGAUGCUGAACGAGACAAUCAAUCUCGUGGCCACGGUCGGCAAGGACCUCAAGGAUCUGAACAAGAUGCUCGGCGUGAAGAUUCAGCUACCGGACAUCCAGCUUACUGCCGAGAUGUGGGUUACACUGAUUGAGCAGUUCCUAAUGCUGGUGCUGAUAAUCGGCCGCUGGAUGUUACCCAAAGGAGACCUGACCCGUGACCAGCUUAGCCAGCUGCUGCUCGUCUACAUCGGCACGGCGGCCGAUAUUAUCGAGUUCUUCGAUUCGUUCAAGGAUGCAAAGAUAGCCAACGAGCCCGUGCUGGUGCUGCUGACGCUCAGUAUCUGGUCCUGGAGUUUGCUCCAGUUCACCAUUGUCCUGUCGGCUACGCGCGCCCGGAAACCUCGCGGUGCCGGCGGUGGCACUCAGGCGGAGCAGGACGAUACCGACUGUUGCAACGUGGCGUGCUGCAACAUCGACGUCUGGGGAAUUGCGCUCAACAUCCUGCUGCAGGACGCACCGUUUCUGACCUUCCGGCUGCUGAUCAUCAUUCACUAUAAAAUCAUCACCUACAUGAACAUCUUCUUCACCUGCAAAAAUACGCUGGUGAUCCUGCUGCAGCUGUACCGGCUUUACGUGGUGCAUUCCGAAAACCGAAAGGCAGCAGCCUCCAAGCAGCGCAGCUCCAAGGUACGGGCCAGGAUCGAGGAAAGGUCAGGGCGCCAACAGAAGCAGCGAAAAGUCAGCAGACGGAUCGAUUUUUUCACCCGCAAACAAUUACCGACGGAACUUUGUUUGACGGAUGAGUCAUACUCACUGGGCCAACUAAGUUUUUUCUUCCCGAACGAAAGUUUGCUCCCCAAUGAAACGGUCAAGUUUCUGGCCACAAUUUGCUCCACAGACUGGAAGCUGUGCUUCUUGAACUACUUCGACCUACAUUUCAGCUUCAUUCAACAAACGGCCAUCGGCACUAGAGCCUUUGCCCGAACUAGCCGGCGUUCAAGUUUCGCAAUAACGUCCACCAACUAUUUCCCGCCGGACGAAAGAAAAGUUGCCGACAUCGCCGAUGAUGAGGCGGACGAUGGAAAGCGGUCGAAGCGCUCGAACCGGAAAAAUCGGUCCACCUCGUCCCGCAAGGACACGGGGUAUUCGACGGCCAGCAGCCAAACCACGGCCGAGCAGCGCCGUGCACGUCACCGGAAACCACUCAAAUCUCGGACCGACACCCCAGAUGGCGAUGGCGAUGACGCGUUGUUUCCACCGCCACCGGCCCUUGCGCCCGACGACGAAGGGCAAUGCUCGGAGGGAUCGCCCGCUCCAAGUCGACGGUCCAAGGACUCAAAGGAAAGAAAAUCGUCUCGCCAACCCGACGGCAAGACACAAGGGGGUACACAGCGGAAGCGAACCACCGCUUGCAGUGAUGAAGACGAGCACCGCGACGGUGUGCCGGCGGCCGGCGGAAAGCAUUCGCGAAAACGGCGAACGGGUCCGAGCGAGUCCAGCGGGUUCGAGGUUAUCCACGAAAAACCUCCGAGUGGUCGUAAAAAGAAAACCAAACCGGCGGAAAGCCCAUCGUCGUCCAGCUCGUCCUCUUCAUCAUCGUCGUCGUCGUCGUCAGCCUCUGGAUCGUCAUCCGGCACAGAGUGA